AUGCCUGGAUGGAGGUCUCAGUGGCGUCUUGUCCUGCUGAACUCCCUGACCUGUGGCCUGGAGAUCUGUGUGGCAGCUGGGAUCACAUACGUGCCCCCACUGCUGCUGGAGGCUGGAGUGGAAGAGCGCUACAUGACCAUGGUGCUAGGUAUUGGUCCAGUGCUCGGCCUCCUGUUCAUCCCUCUGAUUGGCUCAGCCAGCGACCACUGUAACAGUAGUUAUGGCAGGCGACGGCCUUUCAUCUGGCUCCUGUCUCUGGGAGUCCUUCUGGCACUUUUCAUCAUUCCCCACGCUGAUGUGUUGGCUGCUCGCCUCGCCUGGGGUGGGCGAACCCUCCAGGUGGGCUUUCUUAUCCUUGGAGUGGGACUUCUUGACUUUUGUGGACAAGUGUGCUUCACGCCAUUGGAGGCUCUCUUGUCGGACCUGUAUCGGGAUGAGGAAGACUGUGGCCAAGCUUUUGCCAUGUUCUCCUUCAUGGUCAGCUUGGGGGGCUGUGUGGGAUACUUGCUUCCUGCACUGGACUGGAGUCGUGGUCUGCUCUCAGUUUACUUAGGAGGGCAGGCGGAAUGCCUCUUCUCCCUCCUCAUCCUCAUCUUUGUCUCCAGUGUGCUCAUCACCAUGAAAGUGUCAGAGGAACCUUCGUGUUCCAGCGGCAGCUUGGCGGGAUCGGGGUCUUUACUGGAUUCCGGAGCUGCUGCGAUGGAGGCGGGCCGGUGUGGUGUGCCACGCUCAUGCUGCUACCUGCUCAAGUGCAAGCUGAGGCUGCUGAAGUCUGGACCCCUGCUGUGUUUGCUGAGAACGUGCUGGUCCAUGACCCCGGCCAUCUACAGGAGCUACUGCCAUGUCCCUCGGGUGAUGAGGCAGCUGUGUGUGGCUCAGCUCUGCAGCUGGAUGGCCGUCAUGUCUUUUAUGCUUUUCUACACAGACUUUGUGGGUGAGGGGCUGUACGAGGGUGUGCCCAGUGCAUUACCAGGAAGCGUGUCCAGACAAAGAUACGAUGAAGGUAUCCGUAUGGGCAGCCUGGGUUUGUUCCUGCAGUGUGCUACCUCAACGUUCUUCUCACUGGUCAUGAGUCGACUGGUUCGCCAUUUUGGUUCCCGAUGGGUCUAUCUGAGCAGUAUGGUGAGCUUCACGGCGUCUGCUUUGGUCAUCUGCAUGUCCAAAAGUGUGGUUUUGGUCACCGUAAUGGCGGCCCUAACCGGCUUUGCGUACGCCACGCUGCAGACAUUGCCCUACACGCUCACCUGCCACUACCACAAGGAGAAAGAGGUCUAUAUGCCAAAAAGGAAAACCAAAAGCGUGCAUAAAAACGGUAUUGCAAACAAGCGGGACUCCGUGUUUUUGACCCCUGUGGAAGAGGAGGUUGGACUGAACCACAAAACAGGGGCCACCUAUGAACAUCCCUUUUUCAACCAGGACAAUUACGAGUUCUUCUCCAGCCCACAUGGCCAGAACGGCUCGUCCCACGGCUCUGGCGGUGCCGAGCAGGACGAGGCGGAGCCGGGUUACGAGAAACGCGGCGUGGGCUUGGACUUUGCCAUUCUAGACAGCACCUUCCUGCUCUCUCAGGUUUUUCCCACCCUCUUCAUGGGCAUGAUCGUACAGUUCGCUCAGUCCGUCACUGCCUACAUCGCCUGCUCCGCCAUCUUUGGCGCCGUCGCCAUCUACUUGGCCAGUCAGAUUGUCUUCGACCAAAAGGACCUGAAAAGCUGAGGACGUAAAAGGCGUCAGGGGCGAUGGAAUAACGAACAAUCAGUCAAGUCAUUCAGGCUCCGUGGGUGGAACUCAACAAUGCACUACAAUUCCCAGAAUGCCUUGCUCUAGUAAUACCAUUUGUUUGCUUUUGUAUUGUGGAAGUGUGUGUCCUUUAAGUGGCGUGUGGCAGGAUACAAGAGAAAGUGUCAAACAAAGGAGGAGAUUUUCUGCUAAUUUCCUUGUUUGCGCAGGGAUUGUUAGCGCUAACCUAAAAGUCAACACCAACUCUAUGCUUGGGUCACGUGUGGUCUUUACAGAAAGGUAUUGAAAUACUCCAGAAAUCCCCCUAAAUAUCUUUUUUUUUUCCUUUCCGCUACAUUAUGAUAACAUCUGUCCAUUGUCCUUUUUCUCAGGUACCACCAAACAGAUUUACUGUAGAACUCACCAACCUCUGAUGCACAGCUUACUACAUUUUUACAUGUUUUUUUUUUUUUUCCACCACCACUUACAGUUUUUUGUUCAUACAUGCCAUAUUUGGCUCGCAUAGGCUCAUCUGCAGCCUCACAAAUCCACUUUGGGUUAUGUUGUUACUGAGGGAGGCCUGUUGUCCUUCACAUACUGUUGGCAAGAUGGAAGGAUAAUUCUGUCUUAUUUAAAUAUAUAUAUAUAUAUAUAUAUAUAAAAUACAUAUUUUUUUUUAAAUCAGCAAGAAAGAUUAAGACCAACACAUUUUCCCCUUGUUCCUUCCCAUUCAAAAAACGGAAUCACAGGUGUGAAAAUCGAAUGAAUCUGAUGGAAAAAGACAAAUUCACCUGAUCUUCUGGCCUUGUCCCCUGCUCUGUGUCAUUCGUUUACUAAUGAGCAGUCUUACUGUAAAUAUUUUGUAUACAAAUUUACUGUAUAUCCCUAUGGGAAUUUUGUUAUGCAACCUGUUGAGGUGAGGUUUAUCGACUGUGGUGGCUUAAGAAUGAAGCUCUUUACUGAAACUGGAAACAUUUUAUCAAACGUCCUGAUAAUCAAGAGAAUUGUUUGCAUUGCUCAUUCUUUUCUAAUGAUGCUUCUGAUCAGGAUAAGUGUCUCAGGUUAGUGUGCUGUUUUUUGUUUUUGUUUUUUAAUGUCCCAUCCUCAUUUUAUGCCACUGAUAAAACACUUUCCUUGUUGCCUAAACUCUCAUAUUUUACUUCAUUCUCUAGUGACAAUCUAGUACAUCCAGAUGGGCUGGUUAUGUAACGCUGUAUGUAAACAUGUCAGAAGGAUGAUGUCUAAUGUAAGCCCACUUCAUAGCACCCAUUCCUUAAAGACCAAAAAAAAGAUAAGUCAUGCAGUAUAUUACAACAUUUGGUUACUGAGCGUAGGCACUAUACAUUGACGUGCUGAGGGCCAAGCAAAGUUGGUGUGUGUGUGUGCAUGUGUAUAUGUAAGGAUGGGCAGCGAAAAAGCAUGAGUAAUAUUUAAGUGUGAGGCUUAUGGAGAGUGAUAGGACUCAAGUGGACAGUUUCUGCAAUCACAUCACUUCUAAUGAACUGUACUGACUUGAGUCUAAAUGAUGAUGUAUGUCUAAGUGCAUUGUGGCCUUGAGGUUUUUUUUUUUUUUCCUAAAUCGCCCAGUCAAUGUAAACACCAUGUUUGUGUUGCAACCAUCAUUUUGCAACCAGGUAUGUGAUCCCGAAUGUGCUGUGAUGAAUCCCUUUUAACAGAUACAAACAGACCUGAAUCCUGAUGUUCUUGCCCGGCGCGUGCUCUGUAUGGGAGAAGUAAAAAACUGCAGAGGAUUUGUUUGAGGUGCAGAAAAGAACAUCUUCACCCUGAAAUGAAAAGAUUAAUAUUGUUUCACAGUAGCAGGAGUCACAGAAAAAAAAGGUUGUUUUUCAAGUGCCUGUACAUUUUUCAAAAGAACAUUUGUACAUAUGUAUUUAUUUAUUACGCUUUUAUUAAAAACAAAAAAUAGCAUGUAUUCAACUAUUGGCCUUUUUGGCAUCUAGGUGCAAAGGUGAAGGCUGUUUCUGUGAAAAAAAAAAAAGAUAAAUUAUUUGUAUAGAUGUGGUAUAAAAGCAUCCUCAAAGUUAUAAUUUAUUUUAGCAUUACCCACUUUAGAUUUGAGAACUUCACAGAGGUUACUGCUGAUGCUUUCCGUCAGUAUCCGUAUGGGCUGCAGAUGAGAAUACUGAAUACGUAGACAUAACUCUAUUCCCGUCACACAAUUGCUUUGUGAUCUGGGUUUUGUGGUGGAUCUAGUGCAACUAAAAAACCUGUCUAUUUGUCAACACUGCUUUAUGUGGGUCUUAUAUAACCACUUAUGUCUUCUAAUCAGAUGUCUGUUCUAUUGUUUCAUUAACAGAUGGACAUUACAGAUACCUUGGGUGGCAUUUUCAGUCCCCGCUUUUCAACCAAAUGUCCUGUUUAACUUAAAAAAAAAAAAAAAAACAGCAAAAAAGUGCCAAUGGCCAGAAUUUAAGGCCAGCUAAGUCAUUGGGUUUU